AUGGCUUCACACAAUAACAAUGAUAUUGAAAUGAACACUGAACAAAGCGAACUUGAUAAUAUGGAUGCAGAAAAUUUUCGUGUUUCCGAGCCCAAACCAAAAUCGAGCAAUGAAAUGGAGGAAUAUGUGAAGGCCAGUAAGAACAAUAAUAAUGGCUAUAACAGCGCUCCAUUGCCUAGCCAGCUGGGUAUGGAGCAGCAAAAAAAUGGCCGGUCACAUGGCUUCUGGGAUCCGCCUGUGACGUCUCAGCCGACGUCAUCUGGGUAUGACACAAGGCGAUCUGAUCAUCACCUGCCGAAUAUGAACAGAAAGAAUGAUAGGAAAUACAAUAAUAACAGCUGGUAUCAUCCCAAUUAUCAGGGAAAUGACAAUGGAAGAAAUUAUAGAAACAAUAAUAAUGGUUACUCACAUGCACAAAAUGUAAACCAAAGCCAUAGAAAUGAAAAAUGUAGUUACCCACAGCACAGUCAGGUAUCAACUGGUCCACUUAACAAUGGCUGUCUCAAUCUACGUCAUUCUCUGAAUAAGAGAGGAGUCACAAAUGAAAUGCUACCCGGUGUUCGUGUUAAAGGUUCAACAAACUAG